UCCAACAUAGCCCACACGCCCCAUCCCCGUGCGAUCUCGCUCUCUCUCUCUCUCUCCCUCUCUCUCUGUCUGUCGCUCUCUCUCGGAAAAUAAAGAAAAGACGAGGACCAUUCUUGACAGUUGAACUGACAUCGAGAGCACAGCACGAGAGAGUCGCCAGUAAUCGAUCUUUUGGAUCAUUGGAGCUUUUGAUACAACACCUACAUCUACUCGUCAUCCCACACAUUUAAAGGCAAUGCAGGCGGAUGGGAAGGGGGUGGACGGCACGCUGUUGGCUGAUGCCAGUGCAGUGGACUCGGCGCUGGACGAACAGAAGGAGGGGGGCAAGUGGCAGAAGCCCCGCAUAUCCCGCAAGUCACUGAUGAAGUGCUGCCUGGUCAAGUGGAUCAUCGCUAGCACCACUCCACAGGGGCCAGACAUCAGUGAGAGCGAGCUGGAACUGGCCACCGUCCGACACCAGCCCGAGGGACUGGACCAGCUGCAGUCCCAGACCAAGUUCACCCGCAAGGAGCUGCAGUCGCUCUACAGAGGCUUCAAAAAUGAAUGCCCAAGUGGUCUGGUGGAUGAAGAAACCUUCAAGAUGAUAUAUUCCCAGUUCUUCCCACAAGGAGAUGCCACCACAUACGCACACUUCCUCUUCAAUGCAUUUGAUACAGACCGAAGCGGUUCCAUACGCUUUGAGGACUUUGUAAUAGGUCUCUCAGUGCUUCUAAGAGGCUCAGUGAAUGAGAAGCUGCGAUGGGCCUUCAACCUUUAUGACAUCAACAAGGAUGGCUACAUCACCAAAGAGGAGAUGUUGGCCAUUAUGAAAUCCAUAUAUGAUAUGAUGGGAAGAUACACGACCCCCAGCGUCAAAGAGGAUGCCCCGUUUGAGCAUGUCGAGAAGUUCUUCCAGAAAAUGGACAAGAACAAAGAUGGAGUCGUCACCUUUGAUGAAUUUAUAGAGACAUGUCAGAAGGUACUUCUUUAA